GUGCACUCAACCAGUUGAAAAUUUUAUUUAAAUGUGAUUUUUUAAAUUAUCUUCCUCAUAUUUAUAUAGUAACGUUGUAUGUACAAAAUUAUACAUAUGUACAUACGUGUGUGCAAAAGAAGCAUUCUGUGAUUUCUAUACAAAUUUUUUUUUUUGUUUAUUUUUUUAUUUUUGUUAAUUAUUUUUAAUUUUAAAUUUAUGGUUAGACUUAGACAAUUUUUUUGUGAUAUUUUUCAAUUUAGUUUUUUUUCUAUAUGUAAUAAACGCAUUGAUUCUUAGUCAUUUUAAUGGUGUUACCGAAAAUAAAAUUUUGAAAAUUAUGGUGAUAUUUAAAAAUACCAAAAUGUCAAAGCAAAAAUUAAUAACUGCAAUAACAAUAGCUGUAAUACUCUGUUUAUUAAUUGAGCAAAAUCAGGCGAAACCCAAAAGUAAGUCUUAUUAUAAAAAGGGAUGCGAAGCAUUUGGUCACGCAUGCUAUGGUGGCCAUGGUAAAAGAUCAGUUGCACAAACAGUUGGUUUAGAAGAAUUUCAAGGUCGUCCUGAUGCUGUAGCACAAGUUUUUUCAAAUGAUGGAAAAGCUUUUGAACAAUAUAGAAGAUCUCGUGUGAUGAAUUUCUUGAAACAAUUAAUUAAUGCAAAUGGCCGAGUAAAUGAUAAUGAUGUAGAAUAUCCCGUAUCAGGGGAAAUUUUUAAAGAAAAUCCUGGAUUAAAUUAAAUUUUAUAUUCAAUUUUAUAUAAGACUUAUUUGAAAUUAAAAUAUAAUUAUUUAAAAAUGAGAAAUUAUAAUAUUGCAAAAAACAAAUAAAAAAUAAAAGAAAUAAAAGAUUUAAAACAGAAAAAAAAAAUUUUUAAAUGUAAAAAGUCAAUUUUCAAUUUUUAACUAUUUUUAUUCAAUUAAAACUGAAAAAAGUGAAAAAUAUUUUUUAAAUUUGUUGAAAUAAAAUUGUAUAAUUGUACGGAUAAAAAA